ACGUUCGCCGGGCAGGCGAGAAAAGAGGACGCCAUGAUUGGUUGGCGCUGGGGCGGCGGACGGUGGAAGGGCCUGGCGAGUCUAGGUUUUACGCCUGUGCUGGACUUUCUCCUUCCGUGUUUCCAGGCCGUGGGGGGCUACAGAGGGCGAGAAGUCGGCUCAGCGGAAACCUGGAUUUGGUUCUAAGCCGUGGGGUUGAGAAGGGGUGACCGGAAGUGAUCGUGGGACUGACCGGAAGCGAGGCCUGGAGGGGAAAGAGACAGCGAGACCUGGGAGGGAGGGGGCCUCCAGCAGAAAGGGGCGGGGGAAAAGGUGCAAAAGCAGCGUGGGAGCGCCGGGCUGGCUUCCUGCGGCUGCUGCUGGUCUGACUGGGAAGCAGCAAGCCACCACUACGAACUCCCAAGAGGAGUGGGAGUGCGGGAGUCCAGAGCUGCCUCUGGGAAGUCUGCAGUAGUUGAGCAAAGGGGUCCUCACGUUCCUGAGAGCUGGGCAGGGGGGAUUUUGGAACCUGGGGCAGCCAAGAACGAGCAGCCAAGGGUACGGGAGAUUAGUUGUGCACAGAGCAGUGCUGGUCGGGCUUGGGGGUGGCUGGUGGGCACUGCGUGGGAAACCUUGGUUUGUAGUUUUCUUGGUUUGCGUUACUCCUGUUGGGUAGAAUUACCCUCCGCGCCUUUGUACAAGACACCGUGUCUCCUGGGGCAAGGAAGGAGCCAGGAUGGCCUGGGCUCUGAAGCUGCCUCUGGCCGACGAAGUGAUUGAAUCCGGGUUGGUGCAGGACUUUGAUGCUAGCCUGUCCGGGAUCGGCCAGGAACUGGGUGCUGGUGCCUAUAGCAUGAGCCUGUUGCUAGCCAGCUUCCUCGCAUCUUCACCAGCAUCGGAGAGGACUAUGAUGAGCCUGUGCUGACGUACAUCACGACCGAGAUCCUCAAGUCAGUGGUGGCUCGCUUUGAUGCUGAAUAAGUAAUCACUCAGAGAGAGCUGGUCUCCAGGCAGUGAUGUCCUUGCAUUGCCCAUUUUUAAGCAAGAAGAGUCGAGUUUGCCUCCUGAUAAUGAGAAUAAAAUCCUGCCUUUUCAAUAUGUGCUUUGUGCUGCUACCUCUCCAGCAGUGAAACUCCAUGAUGAAACCCUAACGUAUCUCAAUCAAGGACAGUCUUACGAAAUUCGAAUGCUAGACAAUAGGAAACUUGGAGAACUUCCAGAAAUUAAUGGCAAAUUGGUGAAGAGUAUAUUCCGUGUGGUGUUCCAUGACAGAAGGCUUCAGUACACUGAACAUCAGCAGCUAGAGGGCUGGAGGUGGAACCGACCUGGAGACAGAAUUCUUGACAUAGAUAUCCCAAUGUCUGUGGGUAUAAUCGAUCCUAGGGCUAAUCCAACUCAACUAAAUACAGUGGAGUUCCUGUGGGACCCUGCAAAGAGGACAUCUGUGUUUAUUCAGGUGCACUGUAUUAGCACAGAGUUCACUAUGAGGAAACAUGGUGGAGAAAAGGGGGUGCCAUUCCGAGUACAAAUAGAUACCUUCAAGGAGAAUGAAAACGGGGAAUAUACUGAGCACUUACACUCGGCCAGCUGCCAGAUCAAAGUUUUCAAGCCCAAAGGUGCAGACAGAAAGCAAAAAACGGAUAGGGAAAAAAUGGAGAAACGAACACCUCAUGAAAAGGAGAAAUAUCAGCCUUCCUAUGAGACAACCAUACUCACAGAGUGUUCUCCAUGGCCUGAGAUCACGUAUGUCAAUAACUCCCCAUCACCUGGCUUCAACAGUUCCCAUAGCAGUUUUUCUCUUGGGGAAGGAAAUGGUUCACCAAACCACCAGCCAGAGCCACCCCCUCCAGUCACAGAUAACCUCUUACCAACAACCACACCUCAGGAAGCUCAGCAGUGGUUGCAUCGAAAUCGUUUUUCUACAUUCACAAGGCUUUUCACAAACUUCUCAGGGGCAGAUUUAUUGAAAUUAACUAGAGAUGAUGUGAUCCAAAUCUGUGGCCCUGCAGAUGGAAUCAGACUUUUUAAUGCAUUAAAAGGCCGGAUGGUGCGUCCAAGGUUAACCAUUUAUGUUUGUCAGGAAUCACUGCAGUUGAGGGAGCAGCAACAACAGCAGCAGCAACAGCAGCAGAAGCAUGAGGAUGGAGACUCAAAUGGUACUUUCUUCGUUUACCAUGCUAUCUAUCUAGAAGAACUGACAGCUGUUGAAUUGACAGAAAAAAUUGCUCAGCUUUUCAGCAUUUCCCCUUGCCAGAUCAGCCAGAUUUACAAGCAGGGGCCAACAGGAAUUCAUGUGCUCAUCAGUGAUGAGAUGAUACAGAACUUUCAGGAAGAAGCAUGUUUUAUUCUGGACACAAUGAAAGCAGAAACCAAUGAUAGCUAUCAUAUCAUACUGAAGUAGGAGUGUGGCGUUUUGUGCCCAGUGGCUGCUGCUUCCUUCACCUCUGAAAACGGCCCUCUUGAAGGGGGAUAUGAAUGGAGAUUUGAAGGUCUGCAAGAACCUGACUCAUCUGACUGUGUGUGGAGGAGUCCAGGCCAUGGAGGCAGAAUCCUGGCCCUCUGUGUUGGCCCAAGCUCUUGUGGCACACACAGAUUACUGCCCAACAUGCAGUUCUGCAGCUGUUUUAGUUAAACUUUCUGGACCUUGUUGUUGUUGAAUAUCAGUAGAAACUCUACAUAAUUUAGAGUGUAUGUAGGGCAUAAUGAUGAUGGGAAUUGUGUGAUGUUUAACAGGAAGAUCUUAAAUUUUGUGAUAUGGAGCCCUGUAAUUUUUUUCUUAUAUAAAAAUGGGUGUCUAUAUUCAUAAGACUAGGUCUUCAAUCUCUUUGUACUGGUCUCAAAUGUACUGGUAUCUCUGCUUUUUGCCAUCGUUUGUCCCUGAAAACUUUAUCAGUGAGGAGAAAUACAGAGACAGAAUUUUCCUUUUGGUUCCCCUGUAAUACCACAACUAAUAGUAUUUUCAGCUAACAUUUAUUGACCAGGCAGUGUGAUAAAUUUUUUGAAUGACCAUCUUGUUUAACCCCCUAAUCACACUAUCUGAAGUAGGUGCUAUAGUGACCCCCAACCGAAGAUGAGGAAAUGGAGACACACAGUGGCUAAGUAGCUUGCUAGGUGCCAGGAGCUGGCAGGCAGUGAUGCUGAAAUCCAAACCAGGCAAUCUGGCCCUCCUUAUUCACCCUCUCAUACCACCAGUGCCACCCAUUAUAACCUGUGUUCACUUCGCUUAUUACUGUGGCCCUUCUGGUGACUACGACAUAACACUGAGUAUGAACUGAGGAAUUAACCACUGAAAGAGACAAAGCACACCUAAAUAAUGAUGAACAAAUCAAGACCUACAAAAAAUGAACACAUAGAUGCUUUUUAAGUGUCAUUAGUUAUCGGAAUCAAAGAAUUUGAGGUGGUGACAACUGGGGAUUAUCUGUAACUCCCCAAAUUUACUGUUCUUGAAUGACAUUCUCAAACUAUUUAUUAAUGAGUUAGUCUCAUCCCUGCUUUCUGUUUCCUCUCUCUGCAUCUUCUCUUGGCAUAGGAAGUUAUUUUACUCAUGCUGUGUUUUUUAAUAUAAGCUUUACAAAAAAAGAUGCAUUCCCUUCCUGUUCACACUCUUACCAUGUUUUUGUUCUUCCUUAAGAAUGAUUGUGUGUGUGUGUGUGUGUGUAAGUGUGUAAGUGUAACAUCAUGGGUUUUCUUUCUUCACUUGUAAAGUUUUAUCUAGAAAUACUUUUACAGGUUAUGUUGAGGUACACAAAGAUAAUGUUCUAAGAUUGUGUAUUGGAUUUGGAUUUGUGUGUGUGUGUGUGUGUGUGUUUAAAGCAUUUGAUAAGGUUUAAAUGUUUUUUAUACAGAGAUUUUUGUUCAUUAAACUCAAUCUGCAUCAUG